CAUUAAAUAUUUUGUAUCUAGAUUUAAGAUAUUACAAAAACUGUUUAAAAAAAUGGAUUUGAAUAAUAGAUAUUCUAUAUAUGUUGGUUCGGUAAGAGGAACUCUAACGUAUACAGAUCUAAAUCCAGAAAACAAAAUUCAAUACGAGUUCGCAGAACAAGCUUCCGAAAUUUCUUCCAUGAUUUGGGGAGGAGAUACAGAAAUAUUAGUUGGUUUUAAGAAUGGACUCGUUAGCACUUAUGAUACAAUUGCACAAAAAUAUGUUAAGACCCUAAAUCAAUUCGAAGAUGAUGGAUCAGUGGUAGGACUUGGUUUAUUUAACAAAAAAAUAUUGGUGACUUCUUCUAAAGGAAAUAUCAAUAUAUUGAAUACAAAAAACAAAACAGAGAGUAUAAUGACUCUUUCAACUGAAAAUGGAACCCUAGAAACUUCUUGUCAAAAUAUAAAUAAACCAAACAUUAUAGCAACUGGAGGGGAAAUGAAUGACUUGAAACUAUGGGAUGUUGAAACCAAACAGUGUGUAUUUGGGGCAAAAUCUAUGGGACACGAUUUUCUCAAUCUGCCAAUCAAAACUUCCAUAAGAGGAAUAACAUUUAUUCCAGAAGAACAAAACACAUGUUGUUGUUCAACUAAAGAAGGACAUGUCUUACUAUAUGAUGACAGAGCUCAGAGAAGGCCAGUUUGUAAAUUCUUAGAACCUAAAGCUAGUUUCACCUGCAUUACAACCGCCUAUAGAGAAAGAAAUAUUCUCGCUGGAACAACAAAAGGAUACGUUGAAUAUGUUGAUAUGAAAAAUGGUAAAUGUUUGAGAACAUUCACUAACAUAUGUGGAAGUGUCACCUCUGUUUUGUGUGAUCCUGUAGAACCAAUCCUUUUCACAACAAGCUUGGAUCGUUAUUUACGAAUAUUUGAUCUCGACAGUAAAAAGAUCCUUUACAAGCAAUAUAUGAAGCAAAACCUGAACAGAAUAUUAAUAAAACCUAUAAUAAAAGAGGAAAAAGAAAUGGGUAAUGAGGUUGCUGAAACAGAAGUUGACGAUGAAUAUGAGGAGAUUUUCAAAAAUAUGGAGGAAAUCUCAGAGAAACCAGCGAAAAGAAAAAUCAAAAGUGUUAAAGUGAAAUCGAAAAAAUUAAAAAAAUAAAACUU